AUGCAACACCCACCUAGAUCAGGCAGGCAGGGGUUAGCUCGGGGCCUUGAAGCAAAGCCACCACCUACCAUGCUACCAGACCAGUGUCAGGCUCCGAGCAGACGAGUGGUCAGCAGCUCCCGAUGGAUGGAGCACAAGAAGCCGAGUUCCACUGAUCAAAGCUGGCCUGAGUGGGUAUAUGGAGCUUCCGCAGGGAUGGCAAACAGCCCAUGCAGCUGCCGAAUCUCAUUCAGCACUCUUACUCCUCCUCAUUUGCUCCAGGCCUGUGACCAUAAGGAUUGCUCUUCCACAACAGGAAUAUCAGCCUUCACUGGAAACAAUUCUGACAAUUGUGGGGACAGUAAGUUGGCUCUGCUGGAAGAGCUGAAGAGAAACUACACAGCAUACUAUUCUUACCCCGAGCAUGUAACAUUUCCCAAUCAGAAGACAAGCAGAUUUUUCAUUUCUCAUCAAAAACCAGAAACAAAACCGGGUUUCCUGCUAGCUGUAGGGCGUCGGCAAACUGAGCUGUGGAAAUACUUUGUUUAUUCUGUGCCAAAUCUCGUAUCCUCGCUGCCUGCCCCCGCCUUAGGGAUCACCAACAGAUCACAGGCCCCGUUUUACCGUCUCCGAAAGAUCCAGAGAGGGCUUGUUAUCUACAUAUGCUUCUUCAAAGGUGCUGAUGAGGAUCUUGUUCCAAAAAUUGUCAAUAUGCUGUUGAAUGUUAAAUUAAGUGAAAAUGAAAGCGGCGAGUACGUUUCUGUUCUUGAUUUACCUGGUGAUGUGCUAAUCAUACCACAAGCUACCCUAGGUGGUAAAGCUAAGGGCAGAAAGAUGCAGUACCAUGCAAACAUUGAAAAAGAAAAAGGGCUGGAACUUUAUUCUCAGUUUGUGACUGUGUGUGAAAAAGAACUGGCUGCCAAUGCCAAGUGCAUGAAAGCAGGUGUUCUCGUCAAGCACGGAACAUACGGAAACAGGCAGGUGUUAAAACUGGAUACAAACGGACCUUACACUCAUCUGAUUGAAUUCUGAAAAAAUAAAUGGUAGCCUGGAUACAGUACUGGCUUUCAACUGUCA